GCUUUUCUUUCCGUAAAUAUUAUCUUUUUACACAGAAGAGGAGAGAGAGAGAGAGGAUGAGUGACACCGGAGCAACAAAGGUGAUGAGUGUAACCGGAGCGUCCGGUUACAUAGCAUCAUGGCUGGUGAAGCUGUUGCUGCAGCGUGGGUAUACGGUCAAAGCCUCAAUUCGCGACCCAAGUCAGUCAUCACUCGCCGCUCUUACUUCACUUCUUCAAUUGAUGAUAAGAAGAAAACAGAACACUUGCUUGCGCUAGAUGGAGCUAAGGAGAGGCUUCAACUAUUCAAAGCAGACCUACUGGAAGAUGGCUCUUUUGAUUCCCUAGUUGAGGGUAGUGAAGGUGUUUUUCAUACAGCUUCUCCGUUUUAUCACAAUGUCAGCGACCCACAGGCGGAACUUAUUGACCCUGCUUUGAAGGGAACUCUUAAUGUCCUUAGAUCAUGCGCCAAGGUUCCAUCUAUCAAAAGGGUGGUAAUAACGUCCUCCAUGGCAGCAGUUGCAUUUAAUGGGAAACCUCUUGCUCCGGAUGUAGUAGUUGAUGAAUCUUGGUUUUCAGAUGUAGCUGUUUGUGAAAAAUCAAAGCUUUGGUAUAUGAUUUCAAAAACGUUGGCUGAGGAAGCUGCUUGGAAGUUUGCAAAAGAGAAUGGAAUCGACAUCGUUACAAUAAAUCCAGGAUUGGUGAUUGGUCCUCUCUUACAGCCAACUCUGAACACAAGCGUGGAACCUGUUCUGAAACUCGUCAAUGGAGCUGAAAGAUUUCCAAAUACAACUUAUAGAUGGGUUGAUGUUAGAGAUGUUGCUACUGCUCAUAUUCUCGCCUUUGAGAAUGCUUCAGCAAGUGGGAGAUAUUGUCUAGUUGGAAGAGUAAUACACUGUUCUGACACCGUGAAUAUUCUGCGGGAUCUCUUCCCUGCUCUCAAGCUUCCAGAGGAAUGUGCAGAUGACAAACCAUUCACACCAACUUACCAGGUAUCCAAGGAAAGAGCCCAAAGUUUGGGAGUUAAGUUUACUCCUCUGGAGGUGACUUUGAAGGACACCGUGGAAAGUUUGAAGGAGAAGAACUUCUUCUGAUCAUGGGUCACGUUGGACUUAUCGUUGCAACAUCAAAUCCCGUUUGAUCAACUACGUAAAAAUACGUUGCAGAAAAUAAUUGGCGCUUCACAAAACUCUUGCACGAGACCCCGUUCUGUGAAGUUUAAUUGUACUUUGGAAUUUAUUUCAACUGCGUUUUAGUUGCUGGGAAAAAUUUGAAGUUUGAAGUUUGAAGUUUGUAUUGGAUCCUGAAUAUUCCGACAUCACAAGUCGAAAAUUUAUUAAGUGGAAUCCCAACUCAACCACUCUGAGUUGGAAAUUAAUUUAAAUUUAGAACUUUCCCUCA